GCUAACUAUACAAAGUCACAGCUUAAACACUCUUUCUAAGCCAUGACCUACUUAUUACAUGCUUUAGCUUUGGCUAAUAUGAUCUUCCAUAUUAUGCUAGUAUCCUUACUCUUAAAAUUACCUAAUUAUCAUGUCAUGGUUGAAGCUAGAAACUUAGUUUCUAGCCAUGUUUUCUCGAUGGAUCUAAUCCAUCGUAACUCUCCUCACUCUCCCUACUACGACGAGUCUUCCAUGACUCCUCAAGCGCGCCUUAGACCCUCAGUCUCACAUGGCCAUAGGAUUCACCCGUCGUCUACAUACUAUGAGAAAAAAGAUAGCAUUAAUUCAAAUUUAGUUCCUAAUGGAGGGGAUUACCUAAUAAAAAUUGCUCUUGGUACUCCACCAGUCGAAUUUUUAGCCAAUGCCGAUACUGGGAGUGACCUUAUAUGGUUGCAAUGCUCUCCUUGCGACAUAUGUAUCCCCCAAAAAUCACCAUUAUUCGACCCAACAAAAUCUUCCACUUUUCAUACAAUACCUUGCAACUCUCAAUCUUGUGAUCAUCCUGAUGUUAUUAGUGGAUGUCCCUCUAAUAACACCAAAAGUGAUGGUUUACCAUGUAUUUAUGGUGUAACCUAUGGAGAUGGUACAACUAGUGUUGGUAUCCUAGCGACGGACACGUUAAACUUCCCUCCAGUCGAUAAUCAUGUUACGACCCAAACUAGUUCAUACCCUUCCUCUAUAAUUGGAUGUGGAAUUGACAAUUAUGGUUAUUUUGGUAACCAAGGGGAUGGGAUUGUUGGACUAGGGGCCGGUCCAUUAUCCCUAGUCUCACAACUUGGGCCAAAAAUUAACUAUAAGUUCUCAUAUUGCUUGGCACCCCAGUCUUCAGGGGUCAAUAGUAAGCUCAACUUUGGGGCCGGUGUAACAGGCCCCAAAGUUGUAUCGACCCCCUUCACAACUGGGGAUCAUUCUACAUAUCACUACCACCUCACUCUUGAUGCCAUUACUAUUGGAGAUAGUUCGGUCCCCAUGGACCACAAAGAUGUGGUCAUCGAUUCUGGUACAACUCUUACUUAUCUACCACCUAAAGUGUACAAUGGUGUUAAAAGUGCUAUAACAAGUGCCAUUCGACUUAGCCCAAUGCCCAAGCCGGUUAAGGGAUAUGACCUUUGUUACGAAACAAGACAAUCAUUGGGUUCGGAUGGGGAGCUCAACCCUCCGGAUGUAGUGUUCCAUUUUGAGGGGGCAGAUGUUGUAUUAAAGGUAGAAAACAGUUUUAGGGUGGUAGCAACUAAGAAUGUUGUUAUUUCUUGUUUGGCAAUCGUACCUACAAAUGAUAUGGUUCAUACAUCCAUAUUUGGGAAUAUUGCUCAAGUUAACUUUGAGGUUGGAUAUGAUUUACAAGCAAAAAGGGUAUCAUUUGUUCCAACAGAUUGCACCAAGUAUUAAAUUCAAUCAAAGUUGUUGCAAUAUAUUCAUGUAUCACACUAUCAUUUAUAAAGAAAAAUAUGGAAUGUUUCAAUAUGAAUACUACUCCACAAAAAGGUUUCAAUGUUCAUAUUUUUCUAUUAAUCUACUUCGAUACUAAAAUAAAUACUAUUAAAGGAUGAUCUUGGAAGUUUUAUGUUUAUAUUAUUCUAUUAAUCUAUUACUGUACUAAUGUAGUGAUACAUGUUUUACAUAUUCAUGAACAAUGGUAUAUCUCAUAAAGACAUUUUUUUUAUGGUUUACAUUUUUUUUUUGAACGGAUAUAAUUUUAAUGGUUUACAUAUUCACGCAAAGAUCUUUUUUUUUUUUAAAAAAAAAAAAAAAAAAAAAAAAA